ACAGUUCCUAGAUCACUUCCGGUCGGGAAAACACGUCAAAAUCGCCAAAGAGAAUGGCUGAUGUCACCAAUCUGUUCAAAGCGACGAUUAAGACAGUGAAAUCAAGAAACAAAGUUCUUGGCGAUUAUGCAAAUGGAGGAAAGAAAAAUAACUCGUCUUCCAUCUUCCCUGUGUCAAAGCACAAAGGAGAUUUUGAACAAAAAGCAAAGGAAAUGGUGUCCAGUAUAACAAGACUAAGGGAUUUUCUCCUGGAACACCGGAAAGAGUAUGUGAAUGCUGGCAGCCAUGUCACUAUGGAAGCUUCCAGAAUGACAGAUGCGGAGAGAGAUCAGAUCGAUUCAGAUGCUCAGGACAUCAUUAAAACUUGCAGGGAAACCAUUAUGAAAUUUAAAGAUGAAUCUGAAGUUCAGAAGGUUCACCCUCAAGUGAAAGAUCACAGAGACGGAGUUAUUCGACUAAUUGAGGAAUAUUUAAAAGUUGUUUGCAAAAUUUACAGUGAACAAAAGGCUGUUCGAGUGAAAAGAGUUGUUGAUAGGAAACGGAUUUCUAAAUUAGAGCCAGAAAGAAAGAAGAGAAAAGAACUACUGGAUGCAAAAGAAGCGAAAGAAAGAAAAACAGAAAAUAAUAUGGAGACCCAGGAAUCAGAAAAUUCAACUAAGAGUUCUCUUCCACCAGAGAAUCCGAUGUUUGAUGAUGACGAUAGUGAUAUUUCACCAGAGGAUGCUCAGAUGUUUGAGAGGGAGAACCAGACAUUGUUUGAUGAAAUGAACAGCUUGGCUCAAGAAGUUAGUCACAUUGAAGGCCAAGUGGUGGAAAUAGCACGUCUCCAGGAGAUUUUCACUGAAAAAGUUCUAGAACAGGACAAAGACAUAGACAGAAUAGCAGAAAAUGUUGUUGGUGCUACAGAGAACAUUAAAGACGGAAAUGAAGAAAUUCGAGAGGCCAUUAAGAACAGUGCUGGAUUACGUGUAUGGAUUUUAUUUUUUUUUCUUGUGUUGCCACUCUCCCUACUGUUCUUACAUUGGUACAACGACUAGACUAGCCAGCAUAAUAGAUGUCAAUUAUAACACAUGUAUUACUAUCAAAGCUGUUCUGUGAGAUAAAAUUAAUGGACACACUACUUGCUAUUCCUCCUUCUUUCAAUGAAGUAUAAUUGUGAUUUAAGUGGUAGAGAAAUGUUAUUUAUUGAUUGGUAGAGCAGACUGAAAGAAUAUUUCAUAUGAUAGUUUCACAUAGUUUCACAUAGUUUCACAGCCAAGUAAGUUGUUUAAGAAUCAAGUAGGACUGUUACAUACUGGUUGUCUCCUUAAUAUUUCACGAGAUAUCCUGCUUGACAGAUAAUUAAAAAUCAUGUUACGAUUCCCUGUUGAUGAAAUUUUAUAAAUUUAGACAUUUUUGAAAAAACUUACAUUACAGUGUAACUGAAAUACGAAUUCAUGUCCGUAAAGGACAUUUUAGUUGUUUUUUUUAUGUUUUCCUCAUGUCACCAUAUAAAGGAUUCACUUUGGGUUCUUUUUUGGGGGUGGGGGUAACUAAAUUCUGAAAUUUAAGCUUCACUGUAAAUUUCAAUAGUGAAACAAAAUAACAUGACGUACCUCUAGAAAGAUGCUAUUGGUAAGUUUUGCAUCUUUUUAAGAAUUUCACAGAAUACCAUAUUAUAAUAUAGUUAUCAAUAAGCUUUUGUUGAAGAAUGAUGUGCAAGCUAAAAUUUCAAAAAGUUCAAAAUUGUCAGUCUUGUUGAAUCAGACAGAUUACUAAAAUGUUUUGUAUGCAUAUACAUUUCUGAUUAUUAAAGUGCUUUACUGAAACUUCAUCAGGAAGCAAAUUUCAGAACUGUUGAAUGUUUGUAAUACUCUUGUUGAUAUAUUGCCAUCUUGUGUGUAAUCUCAUUGUUGAUUUUGAAUGAGGAUGCAGAUUCAGUCAUCAUUUGAAGAGAUGAAAUCUGUCUAGGACUGUUGUCUGCUAUUAAAACAGUAAUUAAUUAUAUAAUAUUGUUAAUUGUGCAAUAUUUCAUGCUUGAAAAUAAAUAAUGAAAACACCU